AUGGUCAUGGAAAUGAGGAAGCAUGACAAAGUCCCUGUUCGUAUACACACCGUCUCCAUACAGCUUGACGGGCUCUUGAUUGAUAUGGUGACGUGGCUGGUGAGCCGGGGCGCGAAGAAUCUCAUUCUGCUUUCUCGCUCAGGAGCUCAAUCACAUGCUGCAAUUGGACUGAUCGAAGAGCUCAAAGCUAAGGGUGCUCAUGUGGAAGCACCACCGUGCGAUGUAACCAAGGCGGACAUGCUUGAGUCUACAUUAGACAAACGUGCGGCGACCUUACCGCCCAUCAAAGGUGUCAUUCAGGGGUCUAUGGUUUUGAAGGACGCCGUCCUUGAAACAAUGACAUCCGAAGACUGGACAACGAGCGUUGCGCCUAAAGUUCAAGGCUCUUGGAAUCCCCAUUCCCUCCUCCCUCAAGGCAUGGACUUCUUCCUCUGCCUCUCAUCGAUCGCGGGCGUAGUGGGAUCCGGUGGCCAGGCCAAUUAUGCCGCUGGCAAUACAUACAUGGACAGUCUUGCCCAUUAUCGUGUAGCGCGGGGCGAGAAAGCAACGAGCCUAGACCUUGGCUGGAUGGAAUCCGAGGGUGCCGUAGCGGAGAUUUUGUUUCUUUCCACAAGCAUGGCCGCUGGAGGCUUGUUCAUGCCUAUUUCUCAGGCGGAGUUUUCCGCGUUGCUAGAUCAUUAUUGCAACCCCAACUUGGACACCACGUCAGCAUCAGCCACACAGGGGGUCAUCGGUCUUGAGACACCGGCUACACUGCAAGUCAGGGGCCUGAAGGAACCUCACUGGAUGCAGAGAAGGACCUUCCGGCAUCUACACCAAACGGGCCUGGGCAAGCAAGAUACCUCGUCUUUCGAACAGAGCGUCGACUACGCGGCUUCCCUCCGCGAAGCUUCCUCUGAACAGGACGCCGGGCAGGUCGUGAAAGACUGCCUUCUGCAGAAGCUAUCCAGGUCGCUAUCGAUGCCUCGCGACGAUAUCGACACGUCAAAGCCCUUGCACGCAUACGGCGUGGACUCGCUCCUGGCAGUGGAAUUGCGCAACCACUUCGCCAAGGAGAUGAGCGCGGACGGGGCAAUCUUCGAUCGCAUGGGCGGCCCGAGCAUUGACGCUGUGAGUUUGACGGUCACGAAGGAGAGCACUUUUUCCCGUUCGGCUUCUUGA